AUGACGACUUUUCCUAGCUUCGGAGCAGAAACAUCGGGGUCAGAGGUUGCGGCCGCAUUUUCGGAACAGGUCCGAGGAAAACAUGUGUUGGUUGUGGGAGUCAGUCCCGGAAGCCUUGGUGAACAUAUGGCAGAAGCAAUAGCAUCACACAAGCCGGAACUCUUGCUGUUAGCGUCACGGUCUCUCGAGAAGAUUAACACGGUAAUUUCACAAAUUCGGACAAAAGAAGCGUCGAAAAACGUCGAGAUCAGAGCAAUUAAUCUGGAUCUCAGCUCAUUGGAAUCUGUAAGGACAGCCGCACAAGAGAUCAACAGCCUGACCCCAAAACUCGACGUGGUGAUCAACAAUGCAGCAAUUAAUGUCCCUGAUCGACAACUGACGAAAGACGGGUUGGAGAUGCACUUUGCAACUAACCACAUCGGCCUUUUCCUCCUGACCAAUCUUCUCUUGCCGAAAAUUGAAGAAGCUGCCAAAGCAACGGAGAAAAAAGGAGCUACUCGCAUUGUCAACGUCACAAGUGCUGGGCAUAGACUUUCUCCUAUCCGCUUUAGCGAUUAUAAUUUUGAACGCACGGAAUUGCCUGUCGACGAAAGACCACCCCCCGGCCUUCCGCUUUCUAUAGUUCAUCCGGACAAGCCGUAUUCUUCGUUCCUAGGAUAUGCGCAGAGUAAGACAGCUAAUAUAUUGUUUUCUGUGUCCUUGACGGAGAAGCUAAAGGGCAAGGGUAUUGUGUCUUAUAGUGUUCAUCCGGGUUCAAUCUGGACAGGUCUCUCUCGGAAUCUUGAUGAAGAAGGGCAGAGCAUGAUUAAACAAACGAGCAAGGUGUGGAAGAAUGGAGAUCAAGGAGCGGCCACCGCUUUGGUCGCGGCUCUUGAUCCUUCUCUCGAUGAGCCUCAGGGGGCAUAUAUGUCGGAUUGUCAGUUGGCCCAGGCAGCGGAAUUUGCUAUCGAUGGUAAGGUGGCAGAACGACUUUGGCACCUGAGCGAGAAGCUUGUAGGACAGGAUUUUAUUCUCUAG